GUGACGGUGACGGUGGAGCUGCGGUGGGUCGGUGUCUGCGUGCUACCUCCGAGGCUCGGCCGAGGCCUUCGCGAGUGGCCGGAGUCGGGGUGGCGGGAGAAUGCCCAGUUCAGCCGCUCUCUCCUGAGGCCCAGAACCGCCGCCCCUCGCGUCGCGUCGCCGCGGGCAGAGCCUGAGCCAUGGUCCCGGGCGAAGAGAACCAGCUAGUCCCGAAGGAGGAUGUGUUUUGGAGAUGCAGACAGAGUAUCUUUGAUGAAAUGAAGAAGAAAUUUGCACAGAUAGAAAAUGCUGCUGAAGAACCUAGAGUUUUAUGUAUUAUACAAGAUACUACUAAUUCAAAGACAGUCAAUGAACGAAUCACUUUAAAUUUACCAGCUUCUACUCCACUGAGGAAACUAUUUGAAGAUGUUGCCAACAAAGUGGGCUAUGUAAAUGGAACCUUUGAUUUGGUAUGGGGAAAUGGAAUCAAUGCUACUGACAUGCCUCCUUUGGAUCACACCAGUGAAAAAUCUCUUCUUGACACUAAUUUUGAACCUGGGAAGAAAAACUUUCUGCAUUUGACAGAUAAAGAUGGUGAACAGCCUCAAAUAGCGGAGGAUACCAAUGUAGCAGAUGACAGUGUGCAAGAUAGGUUUAUAGGGCCUCUUCCAAGAGAAGGUUCUGUAGGCUCCACCAAUGAUUAUGUCGGUCAAAGCUAUUCAUAUUCUUCAAUCUUGAAUAAAUCAGAAACAGGAUAUGUGGGAUUAGUAAAUCAAGCAAUGACUUGCUAUUUGAACAGCCUUUUGCAAACACUUUUCAUGACUCCUGAAUUCAGGAAUGCACUGUAUAAGUGGGAAUUUGAAGAAUCUGAAGAAGAUCCUGUGACAAGCAUUCCAUACCAGCUUCAGAGACUCUUUGUUUUAUUACAAACCAGCAAAAAGAGAGCAAUUGAAACGACUGAUGUUACAAGAAGCUUUGGAUGGGAUAGUAGUGAGGCUUGGCAACAACAUGAUGUACAAGAACUUUGUAGAGUCAUGUUUGAUGCAUUGGAACAGAAAUGGAAACAAACAGAGCAGGCUGAUCUUAUAAAUGAACUGUAUCAAGGAAAGCUGAAGGACUACGUGAGAUGUCUGGAAUGUGGUUAUGAGGGCUGGAGAAUCGACACAUAUCUUGACAUUCCAUUGGUCAUCCGACCUUAUGGUGCCAGCCAGGCAUUUGCUAGUGUGGAAGAAGCAUUACAAGCAUUUAUACAGCCAGAAAUUCUGGAUGGCCCCAACCAGUACUUUUGUGAGCAGUGUAAAAAGAAGUGUGACGCACGGAAGGGCCUUCGUUUUUUGCAUUUCCCAUAUCUGCUGACCCUCCAGUUGAAAAGGUUUGACUUUGAUUACACCACCAUGCACAGGAUUAAAUUAAAUGACCGGAUGACUUUCCCAGAAGAGCUAGAUAUGAGUACGUUUAUUGAUGUUGAAGAUGAGAAGUCUCCUCAGACUGAGAGUUGUACGGACAGUGGAGCUGAAAAUGAAGGCAGUUGUCACAGUGAUCAGAUGAGCAACGAGUUCUCAAAUGAUGAUGGGGUCGAUGAAGGAAUCUGCCUUGAAAAUAAUAGUGGAACUGAAAAGAUCACAAAACCUGGUCUUGAAAAGAAUUCCUUGCUAUACGAACUCUUUUCUGUCAUGGUUCAUUCAGGAAGUGCAGCUGGUGGUCAUUAUUAUGCGUGCAUAAAAUCAUUCAGUGAUGAGCAGUGGUACAGCUUCAAUGAUCAGCAUGUUAGUCGGAUAACCCAAGAGGACAUUAAGAAGACUCAUGGCGGAUCUUCAGGAAGUCGAGGAUAUUAUUCUAGUGCCUUUGCCAGCUCCACAAAUGCAUAUAUGCUUAUAUAUAGAUUGAAGGAUCCUUCAAGAAAUGCAAAAUUUUUAGAAGUGAAAGACUACCCAGAGCACAUUAAGAAUUUGGUGCGAAAAGAGAAAGAACUGGAAGAGCAAGAAAAAAAGCAACGUGAAAUCGAGCGAAAUACCUGCAAGAUAAAAUUGUUCUGCAUGCAUCCUGUGAAACAAGUGAUGAUGGAAAAUAAAUUGGAGGUUCAUAAAGAUAAGACCUUAAAAGAAGCAGUAGAAAUAGCUUAUAAGGUGAUGGAUUUAGAAGAAGCCAUUCCCCUGGACUGCUGUCGUCUUGUUAAGUAUGAUGAGUUUCAUGAUUAUCUAGAACGGUCAUAUGAAGGAGAAGAAGAUACUCCAAUGGGACUUCUGCUUGGUGGAGUCAAAUCAACAUACAUGUUUGAUCUGCUCUUGGAAAUCAAAAAACCUGAUCAGGUUUUUCAGUCUUAUAAACCUGGUGAAGUGAUGGUGAAGGUCCAUGUGGUUGAUAUAAAGGCAGAGUCUGUUGCUCCCCCAUUUAGUGUACGAGCUUAUUUAAAUCAAACAGUCGCCGAAUUUAAGCAACUUAUUUCAAAGACUAUACAGCUGCCUGCUGAAACAAUGAGAAUAGUUCUGGAACGCUGCUACAAUGACUUGCGUCUUCUCAAUGUGCCCAGUAAAACACUGAAGGCUGAAGGCUUCUUUAGAAGUAACAAGGUAUUUGUCGAAAGUUCUGAGUCUUUGGAUCACCAGAUGGCCUUUACAGAUUCUCAUUUGUGGAAAUUGCUGGAUCGACAUGCAAAUACAAUCAGACUGUUUGUUUUAUUACCUGAACAAUCUCCAGGAUCUCAUUCUAAAAGGACAGUGUACCAGAAAGCUGGUGGGGAUUCAGGCAACAUGGAUGAUGCUUGUGAACGAGUUAAAGGACCUCUAGGUAGCCUAAAAUCUGUAGAGGCUAUCUUAGAAGAAAGUACUGAAAAGCUUAAAAGCUUGUCUCUACGACAGCAACAGGAUGGAGAUAAUGGAGACAGUAGCAAGAGUACAGAAACAAGUGAUUUUGAAAACAUUGAAUCACCUCUAAAUGAGAGAGACUCUUCAGGAUCAGUAGAUACCAGAGAACUUGAACAGCAGAUUCACACUUCUGAUCCAGAAAAUUUCCAGUCUGAAGAGCGAUCCGACUCUGAUGUGAACAAUGACAGGAGUACAAGCUCAGUGGACAGUGACAUUCUUAGUUCCAGUCACAGUAGUGACACUUUGUGCAAUGCAGACAGUGCCCCGAUCCCUUUGGCUAACGGACUUGACUCUCAUAGUAUCACAAGUAGUAGAAGAUCUAAGGCAAAUGAAGGAAAAAAGGAGACCUGGGAUACAGCUGAAGAAGACUCUGGAACUGACAGUGAAUAUGAUGAAAGUGGCAAGAGUAGGGGAGAGACACAGUACAUAUAUUUCAAAGCAGAAUCCUAUGCUGCAGAUGAAGGUUCUGGGGAAGGACAUAAAUGGUUGAUGGUGCAUGUUGAUAAAAGAAUUACACUGGCUACCUUCAAACAACAAUUGGAACCCUUUGUUGGAGCUCUGUCUUCUCACUUCAAAGUUUUUCGAGUCUAUGCCAGCAAUCAAGAGUUUGAAAGCAUCCGACUGAAUGAAACACUUUCAUCAUUUUCAGAUGACAACAAGAUUACAAUUAGAUUGGGGAGAGCACUUAAGAAGGGAGAGUACAGAGUCAAAGUGUACCAGCUUUUAGUAAAUGAGCAAGAGCCCUGUAGGUUUCUGCUUGAUGCGGUUUUUGCUAAAGGCAUGACUGUUCGACAGUCUAAAGAAGAGCUCAUCCCCCAGCUCAGGGAGCAAUGUGGGCUAGAAGUCAGCAUUGACAGGUUUCGUCUGAGGAAAAAAACUUGGAAGAAUCCUGGCACAGUCUUUUUGGAUUAUCAUGUCUAUGAAGAGGAUAUUAAUAUUUCCAGCAACUGGGAGGUUUUCCUUGAAGUUCUUGAUGAGGUGGAAAGGAUGAAAUCCAUGUCACAAUUGGCUGUGCUGGCCAGAAGGUGGAGACCAACAGAGCUGAUACUGGACCCUUUCCAAGAGAUAGUGUUAGAAAGCAGUAGCGUUGAUGAACUGAGAGAGAAGCUCUGCGAAAUCAGUGGAAUACCUUUGGAAGAUGUGGAAUUUGCAAAGGGAAGAGGAACAUUUCCUUGUGACAUGUCUGUUCUAGAAAUUCACCAGGAUUUGGAUUGGAAUCCCAAAGUUUCUACAUUGAAUGUGUGGCCCCUUUAUAUCUGUGAUGAUGGUGCGGUGAUAUUUUAUAGGGAUAAAACUGAAGAAUUAUUGGAAUUAACAGAUGAGCAGAGAAAUGAACUAAUGAAAAAGGAAAGCAGCCGGCUCCAGAAAACUGGACAUCGUGUAACCUACUCUCCUCGUAAAGAAAAGGCACUAAAAAUUUAUCUGGACGGAUCAUCAAAUAAAGAUUUGACUCAAGACUGAUUCUUCUAGUGUAGCAUUUUCCCUGGGGGAUUUUUUGUUUUAAUUGGAAAGGUUUGCUACUACUGUGUAGUGCCAUUAUGGCAGGACACUCAUUAGGGGUAAAGCAAAGACACCAGCACUGAUUGGAUGCCGUUUGCCAAUCAGAAGCUCAGUGACCAGUGGGUCGCUGAUUGAACUUGGAAUCAUGUUGUGCACUAUAGUCAAAUGUACUGUAAAGCUAAAAGGGAUGUGCAAAUAAAAAAAAUUUUUAAAAAACCCUAUAAGUAGGAAAGGGGGUGGGGGGAAAUGCGUGAACAUUUAUGAGGACGAAAAUGUGCACAUGGUAGCUAGUAAAACUAGCCUCAAACAGGAUAUUCAUAGCUUAAUAAUAAAGCUGUGCAAAGGCCAUGAAUGAAUGAAUGAUUUUUUUUUGUUUCACUGAUACACACAUUACCUCAUUGAUAAUUUGGAAGUAAAUGCAACUUGUAUUAACUUGGAAUACAGCAAAAGUAGGAGCUGAAGACAUAAUGGCGUCAUUAUCAGAAGCAGCCGUAACAGUAAGAAGUGUGAAGGUGUUUUAUUUGCUUGUUUUGGGGGUGGUGGUGUUUUUGUUUUCUUUUUUUUCCCCCAAUUAUUAGGAACAUUAUUCUCAAAAAUAACAUCAGAAAGUUCCCAUUAGAAAGUUCCCAGCAGGUGAUGACUCAAUUUACUACAGUAUUGUAACUGUGAUUGAUUUUUGUUAGGUUUCAGAUGUAGAAAAGAAUUUCACUAUUUCAUUUAACACUGUAAAUAAAAUUUAUCCUCACAUUUAUCAAAAUUGGAGUUCAGAUAUUUACCUUGGCCGAUCUUUUCCCAUAUCAUUUUUCAUUGUGUACAGUUGUAUACAUUUGAAAGUAUUGUAGCAGAUUUAAAUUUAAUUCUCAGUUAGGUUUCACGAUGCUGGGUCUUGUAGGCUUUUGGUUCUUUGUUAAUGAGGCUUUUUUAUUCAGCUGCCCUUUUUUGUACAUUUCAUUUUUGAAGGCUUCAAGUUUGAAUCUCCUAGAACCCUUGUAAGUCACACUUUAAUUUUUGAAGUUGAUUUAUAGUAAAAUGUAGUUUAACUUUUGGAAACGUCUUAAAACCUUAUAAAAUAAUCUUGCUAAUAAGAUCAGGUCAUCAUAAAGACAGAUUCACUCACCAUGAAUUUGUUGUGAAGACUGUAGAAUCAGCAGGUUUUUGCUUUGCUAAAUAAAGAUAUCAAUGAAAACGAUUCUAUAAUUUUUGGAAAUGUCAUCUAACUUAUAAAAAUCAGUAAAAAGAUUUCCGUAGACUUUUUUCAUGCCAGAUGCUGUUUACAACAAUGAACAUGCCAAUAAAAUAUUUGUUCAUCC